AGAGGAGGAAAUGAGACAAAACUUCAUGUACCUGGAAAUUUUAGACAUGUUGGACAGAAUCAGGUGGAUCAACUCAGCGAUGGAGACUAUCAAAACCCCCGAGGUCCAGCUGAAAAAUCAAAGCGACAGUGUGAUUGUAAAACUGCUGAAGAUGAAGACCAUUGUGAAAAAUGUAGAUGGCGCCGAAAGCAGAGUAGUCAGGCAGCUGGGGAAAGGACCAGUCAUACAGAGAUCAGCUCCGUCACAGCCAGCGUCAGGGACCCGGCCAAGAUGAUGAUGAGGCCGGAAGAAGAAGUAGAAGAAAAGAAAACGGAUGAGAGUCAUCAGUCAUCGGUCGAGAAUCUCAUGAAAGAGAAAGAUGGACUUGAGGAUAGGAUAGCCCCGUGCUCGAUAGAAACGACAGAAGAGAUUUACCAGGAGGACACUAGGCAAGAGGUCGAGGAGACGGCGUGCAGUAGUCCGAGUUGCGUGACGUCAAAGAGUAAAGGUGAAUUCCAAGAUGAAAUUGAGGAACAGGCUGAGGGCAAGUUAGAGUUCGAAACUGAAGAAGCUUCCGAUUGGCAAGACAAUGAUGAGGAAGUGGGUAAAAACAAAAGCAAGGAGGUUGAGUUCGACACUGACGAGAAUCUUCAGAAGUUAUUCGGUGAUGAACUAGAAGUCAAUAUCAAAGGUCUAAUAGAUGAUGGAGAGUGAUCAAGAAGGCAAAAAUAAACAGCAUGAGUUCAAAGUUUUCAACGAGGAAAAGAAUGAGGCUGAACCAUGGGAGGAUGUCAAAGAUGACGUCCAAGAAAAAAUUGAGGACACGGGCGAAGGUGAGAUCCAUAGCGAGGAAG